GCUCGCAGCAUUGGAAAAAAAAAAGCAAAAGCUUUUCGAUACUUGCCCUGUCCUGUUUCCGGUCUGGUUUCUUUCCGUGUUGUUACUCUGCCUCUGUUUUGAGAAGAAGAAGAAGAAGAAGAAGACGACGUCGAAGAAGAAGAUGACUAUCCUCAUUGAGCAGAUCGAGAAUGGUGCCCAAGCGGAGGAACAGAAGACUUUGGCCAUCGUCGAUGAUCUGGUGCUUGAUGGUGGAUUCGCGGUGCCAAAAGAGGCGUCGAACGACGGGUUCGUGGCUCCCGAGAUCAAUGCGUUCGGUCAAUCUUUCAGGGACUAUGAUGUAGAAAGCCAGAGGCAGAAGACGGUGGAGGAGUUUUACCGGCUGAACCACAUCCACCAGACGUAUGACUUUGUGAAGAAGAUGAGGGAGGAAUAUGGCAAAUUGGACAAGACAGAGAUGAGCAUAUGGGAAUGCUGCGAGCUGCUGAACGAUGUGAUAGACGACAGCGAUCCUGAUCUGGACGAGCCUCAGAUCGAGCACUUGCUCCAAACCGCUGAAGCCAUCAGGAAAGAUUAUCCUGACGAGGAUUGGUUGCAUUUGACCGGCCUUAUCCACGAUCUUGGAAAGGUGCUGCUCCAUCCCAGCUUUGGUGGGCUUCCCCAAUGGGCUGUUGUUGGUGACACACACCCUCUUGGAUGCGCCUUUGACGAAUCGAUUGUCCACCACAAGUACUUCGAGGGCAACCCGGACGACCGCAAUCCUGCCUACAACACCAAAUGUGGAAUAUACAGCCAAGGGUGCGGGCUGGACAAUGUGAUGAUAACUUGGGGCCACGAUGACUACAUGUACUUGGUUGCCAAAGAAAACAAAACCACUCUUCCUCCAGCGGCGCUGUUCAUUAUCCGUUACCACUCUUUUUAUCCAUUGCAUAGGUGCGGGGCGUACACGCACCUUAUGAACGAGCAGGACAGGGAGAACAUGAAGUGGCUUAAGAUAUUCAACAAGUAUGAUCUUUACAGCAAGAGCAAGGUCCGGGUCAACGUUGAGGAAGUCAAGCCAUACUACAUGUCCCUCAUUGAGAAAUAUUUCCCGGCGAAGCUAAGAUGGUAAUGAUCUUAGGAGAGGUGAAAGGAGUUAAUUGGCUGAGAAGGCAGUGCAUUGCUGCUUUAGCUUCUUCAAUUACUCUCUUAUGUUUGACUAGUUCAUGUGAGGAGACAGAGAAAAAUAAGAAAAAAGGAUGGAUGGAUAUGCGAUGGUUCUUCGAUUGUUCUUCCGUCCAACGUGCAAUUAAUUUUGUUUUGAUU